UAUUAACACGUAUGGGGCGUUGAGGCUUCUCGGUUUCUCUCUUUGUCAUGAAAUCUAGUGCAACAGAGUUAGCAUCUCGAAUAAGCCGAGCUCUGAUCUCCGCCUCGAACCACACGAAGCCAACUCGGGCAUGGACUCCUUCACUCGAGCAGACCCUCCACGGACUCGGUUGCCGCGGCUCGCUCACCCCACCACUCGUCGCCCAAGUCAUCGACCCGUUCCUCCUCACCCACCACUCACUCGCUCUCGGAUUCUUCAACUGGGCCUCUCAGCAACCCGGGUUCUCCCAUACCUCUCUCACCUACCAAUCAGUCCUCAAGUCUCUCUCACUUUAUCGCCAGUUCAGUGCCAUUGACAACCUCUUGAAGCAAGUAAGAGCCCAGAAGAUUAGUCUAAGUUCUUCGGUUUAUCGUUGCCUGAUUGCUUCAGCGAUCAUAGGAAAGAAAACCCACAACGCAUUUUUGGUAUUUAGUGAAGUUAGCUCAGUGAUUCAAGAAAUUGGGCCUGAAGUAUGUAACUCUCUUUUGGCUGCUCUUGCUUCUGAUGGGUAUUUAGAAUAUGCUGAACAGGUGUUUGAGAAAAUGGUUCUUAGAGGUGUUUCCUUGAGCACUCUUGGGUUUGGUGUGUUUAUAUGGAGGUUUAGUAGAAAUGGUGAGGUGGAUAGAGUUUUAAGCCUGUUGGAUGAGGUCAGGAGAGGUAAUUCAGAGAUUAAUGGGUCGAUUAUAGUGGUUUUGAUUGUUCAUGGGCUUUGUCAGGCGUCAAGGCUUUCGGAGGCUUACUGGGUAUUGGAUGAGCUGAGGAGUAGGGGCUGCAAACCUGAUUUCGUGGCGUAUAGGAUUGUCACGGAAGGGUUUCGAGCAAUGGGGAGUGCGGUUGAUAUAGAGAAGGUUUUGAAGAAGAAGAGAAAGCUUGGUGUAGCUCCCAGGACUAGUGAUUACAGAGAGUUCAUAUUUGCUCUGGUUUCGGAGAGACGGAUAUGGGAAGCAAAAGAAUUGGGUGAAGUGAUAGUUGGUGGGAAUUUCCCAAUUGAGGAUGGUGUGAUUAAUGUGCUGACAGGAUCAGUUUCAGCCAUUGAUCCUGGUUCCGCAAUCAUGUUUUUUAAGUUCAUGGUUGGAAAAGAGAGAUUUCCUACACUUUUGACUUUGAGCAAUUUGAGUAGGAAUCUGUGUAAGCAUGGGAAGACUGAGGAACUGUUGGAAGUUUUCCGCGUUCUGUCUUUUCAUGACUACUUUAAAGAUUUAGAGAGCUACAAUAUGAUGAUCUCAUUCCUGUGCAAGGCUGGGAGAGUUAAAGAAGCCUAUGGGGUUCUUCAGGAGAUGAAGAAGAAUGGAUUGGGACCAGAUGUCUCUUCUUAUAACUCUCUCAUGGAAGGGUGCUGCAGGGAAGAUCUGCUGCGUCCUGCUAAAAGACUGUGGGAUGAGAUGUUUGCAAAUGGAUGUGGCGGGAAUUUAAAAACGUACAACAUUCUCAUUCAGAAGUUCUCAGAAAUAGGUCAAGUUGAGGAGGCUCAGAGGCUCUUUUACCACAUGUUGGAGAAAGGAGUGUUACCCGAUGGUACAACUUACACGUCCCUCUUAGGAGGGCUCAGUCAAGAAAAAAAAUUAGAAGCUGCCUUUGAAGUCUUCAACAAGUCUGUUAAACAGGACGUGGUUCUUGCACAAACCAUAUUGAGCACAUUCAUUCUUUUCUUAUGCAGAGGGGGUCAGUUUGUAGCUGCUUCUAAGUUGCUCUGUGAUCUCACCUGUGAUAUAGGUCAUUCAAACUCCCAUGUAAUUUUGCUAAAAUGUCUAGCUGAUGCUAGAGAGUAUCCAGCUGCUAUUGAGCACAUAAAACAGGUUGGAAAAGCCUCACCUUCAAUGUUGCAAGAUAUAUUUAGUGAACUUUUGGUGUCCCUUUCUUCUUCUUCAAAACCAGAGCCAAUUUCGCAGCUGCUUCAAGCAAUGCAGGAAAUGUCUGGUUUCCAGAAAUGAUGAUACUAGCUUGGAAGAGUAUGGGCAACAGAUUACUCUCCUAAUGUUAUGCUAGCAGAUUUGUGCCACACUAUAGAAUUCGGAGUGCGUGGAGAGUGUCUAAGAAGUAUAAAUGUGAACAGCCGUACCUUGUAAAAUACGAAAAUCCCAUUUAUAGAUGGACACUACGCAUUUGUCCUCUGCAUCUGCAUAUCUUCUGCAUCAUCCUCUCAAUCUGAUUCUCA